UUUCGAUCAUGAAGGUAACAUGGAAGCCCUCUGGUAUUGGAAAUCAGUACCAUCUCUUACUCUCCAGGCUCCAAAGCAACGAUCAGAGCCUACCUGGGACUCCCUCUCCAAAAGGUUGUUUCCUCUUCCCUCCCUUUCUCUCCCGUAUCAUCAUCGGAUCGAGCCAUCCCUCAUAUCAAAAGCUUCCUGAUCUUGACCGUCAUUACCCAUCGUUUUACUAUCGCUUCAGGGCCGCAGUACCUCCUCACCAGAACUUGUCAUUUCCCAUCAUACUACCGCCACCAUGAUGAUGCCGACAUACGCCGCCGGCGCCAAAAGGCAGGAAUCCAGAUUCUUGCAAGAUUGGAGGCAGCCAAACAGGACCUCUCCUCCGACUUCUCUUUCUCCUCCCACUACGCGCCCCACUACCCCAUCAUGGCAGUCGUCAUCAGAUGCUUCGCGAAGCCGAUCUUCCUCAGAAACCUCUUCCUCUUCGUCCAACUGGAGGACGGGGUCACCACCUCGACCCAUCCGCAAUCAGGCCGGACUACCACCACCUGACGAGUUGAUGGAAGGAGAUAUCGUUUACCUAACCCCAAAGAAAAUCCCAGACUCCUCCAUCAUUAGGUCGCACCAAAAUCAAAGCGGCUUUGAAAACCACCCUAUAGUCAUCUUGGGAAAAGAGAGACGAAGGGGCACCACGAUCGUCAGUUUCCGGCAGCUCACUACCUUCAACGGCCGGACAGUCGAGGAGAAGAAAACGGGCGAUCGACAACAUCAGCAAAAGUUCUAUAUGAUGGUUGAAAAUCAUCAAGAUGGGGUUAACUCCACGGUCAACCCGGUAGCCAAAAUGGUUCCAGGUUUCGAUGCGUUGAAGCGACGGAGCUACGUCAACCUCUCACCCAAUUCUCGGUUCGAAAUAGAAUAUGAGUAUCUCGAGGCCUUUGGAAACGAUGGACUGCGGAGGCUUGACGCCGAGUCGGUCUCAUAUAUCAAGAGCGCACGAUCCAACACCUGAAUUCCUCUUCCCGACAAUGCCGAACGCCACCGAUGGCUCAUGUCUGAAGGUCCCCGGCUCUUUUCUCUCGGCAAUGCUGAUCGCCACCGAUGGCUUAUGCCUGAAGGUCUCCAGCACCCACCCCAGCGUCAAAGUCCGAAUUCCGAAAGGGUUGUCGUCCUCCC